GCAGACCAACCGUUCUCUUCGUUCCGGUUUUGCAGUGGCUAGCGAAUGUUGUUGUAUGAACUAGGUAGUGUCUAAGUGGAGGUUGGGAAUGAGCUGCAACGGGUGCCGGGUGCUGCGGAAGGGCUGCAGCGAGGGCUGCCUGCUGCGCCCGUGCCUCCAGUGGAUCGAGGCCGCCGACGCGCAGGGCCACGCCACCGUCUUCGUCGCCAAGUUCUUCGGCCGCGCCGGCCUCCUCUCCUUCAUCUCCGCCGUCCCCGACGCGCAGCGACCUGCGUUGUUCCAGUCGCUGCUGUACGAGGCGGCGGGGCGGACCAUCAACCCGGUCAACGGCGCGGUGGGGCUGCUCGGGUCCGGGAACUGGCACCUCUGCCAGGCCGCCGUCGAGACCGUGCUGCGGGGAGGCACCAUCGGCCCGCUGCCGGAGCUCGGCGGGGGCAGCUGUGGAGCCGGGACAGGAAUCGGGGACCUCUACGGCGCUGUCAAGCGCACCGGCGGGUGGUCGACCUUCUCCACUGCGAAGCGGGUGCGGAAGGUCGAGGCUCCCGUGGCGUCGUGCGACCUCGGCCUGUGCCUGAGUCCAGGGUCGCCGCCGCCAGAGGGUGAGAGGAGGGCCCUGCUGCGGCCGGGGACGCCGUCCAUGAGCUCGGACGAGUCCGUAACCACGAUCGGCGGCGAGAGGGAGCCGGUGCUGCUCAACCUUUUUGCCUGAGGCCGCCCGCCGUGAGCCCGGCUGGCCAGCUAAUACUAAUCCAUGCCUGCGUGGGUCCGGUGUUUCUUAACCACCGUGUAAUGGAUCCCGGCGGCGAAGUAUUAGUUCUUUUUUCUCGCCGGCGAGGCCAUUUUCUUCCUUUUGGCCUUUAGUUUUAUUGUGUAGUAGAAAAGAAAUUACCGGCCGACCUGGACGCCCGUUUGCGUGGGCGAAAUGAGAGCGCCGGUGGCCAUCCCCCAGUAACCAUUUUUUUUUUGUUCCUCUAAAUUAUAUAAAUAAACUAAUAUUUGAGUUCCAUCUUU